GGCACGCGCGUAAAGCACGUAAAGCGCCGCCGCGUCUGUGGCCCCUCCGGAGGUGGGAGGAACCCACGGAGAAGGCGGGGACCCGGCGGAAGCCAUGUUUGUGGCGCGCAGCAUCGCGGCGGACCAUAAGGAUCUCAUCCAUGAUGUCUCUUUCGACUUCCACGGGCGGCGCAUGGCGACCUGUUCCAGCGACCAGAGCGUCAAGGUCUGGGAUAAAAGUGAAAGUGGGGAGUGGCAUUGUACUGCUAGUUGGAAGACACAUAGUGGAUCUGUGUGGCGUGUGACAUGGGCUCAUCCUGAGUUUGGACAGGUUUUGGCUUCCUGUUCAUUUGACAGAACAGCUGCUGUAUGGGAAGAAAUAGUAGGAGAAUCAAAUGAUAAACUUCGAGGACAAAGUCAUUGGGUUAAGAGGACAACUCUAGUGGAUAGCAGAACAUCAGUUACUGAUGUGAAAUUUGCUCCCAAGCAUAUGGGUCUGAUGUUAGCCACCUGUUCAGCAGAUGGAAUAGUACGAAUCUAUGAGGCACCAGAUGUCAUGAAUCUCAGCCAGUGGUCUCUGCAGCAUGAGAUCUCAUGUAAGCUAAGCUGUAGUUGUAUUUCUUGGAACCCUUCAAGCUCUCGUGCUCAUUCCCCUAUGAUAGCUGUAGGAAGUGAUGAUAAUAGUCCAAAUGCAUUGCCCAAGGUUCAGAUCUUUGAAUAUAACGAAAACACCAGGAAAUAUGCAAAAGCUGAGACCCUCAUGACAGUCACUGACCCUGUUCAUGAUAUUGCGUUUGCUCCAAACUUGGGCAGAUCUUUCCAUAUUCUAGCCAUAGCAACCAAAGAUGUGAGGAUUUUCACACUGAAGCCUGUGAGGAAAGAACUUACUUCCUCUGGUGGGCCGACAAAAUUUGAAAUCCAUAUAGUGGCACAGUUUGAUAAUCAUAAUUCUCAGGUGUGGCGCGUCAGUUGGAAUAUAACAGGAACAGUGCUAGCAUCUUCAGGAGAUGAUGGCUGUGUGAGAUUGUGGAAAGCUAAUUAUAUGGACAAUUGGAAAUGUACUGGUGUUUUGAAAGGUAAUGGGAGCCCUGUCAAUGGGAGUUCUCAGCAGGGAAACUCAAAUCCUUCUCUAGGUUCAAAUACCCCAAAUCUUCAAAAUUCACUAAAUGGAUCUUCUGCUGGCAGGUAUUUCUUUCCCCCUCUGGAUUCCCCACGGGCUGGAUCUAGAUGGUCCAGUUAUGCCCAGGUCCUUCCUCCUCCUCCGCCUCUUCCUCCUCCUCUGGUCCGCCUUUGUCUGGCGCGGUCGGAGCGCGCUUCCCGCCCUCCGCCGCGGUCUGGGUCGCGGGGUGCUGGGCUCGCCGGCGCCCUUGGUGCCUCUGUGUUUGGGCGAAUGUCCCCUCCUCAGCACACCAUUUGGGGUUGGGGGCGUCUGACGCCACACCUCUCCUCUUUCGGGGGUCUGCCUGAGCAGGCGGUGCAAGAGUGGGACCCAAAUGGCCUUCCCUGCGCCCCACCCCCUCCUGAAGGUCGGGCAGCUGGCGCCGAGGGCUGGGGAGUGGGAGGUGGCGGCGGGAGUGGGGUGGAGGGGUCCCAGCAGAGCCAGAUGGGCUGUGGCUUGGGCGGGCAAGUUGAAGGAGACUCCUUCCGCCAGGGGUGCGCAGAGCUCUGGGUGCGGAGGCCGGGUGGCCGCUUCCUGGCUUCAAAUCCCGGCCGCGCGCUGCUCGGCCAAUCGCCGGGGUCCGACCCGCCUCUUCCUUCGCGCUGCCCAAUCCGAGGCGAGUCUGGGUCCCGCCCCUCGGGACGGGCACCAACCUGGUGGCGCGCGGGCCUGGGCGGGUGGCCGCCGGCGGGGAGGCUCCGCGCACGCGCCGUGGCCAGUGCGCGCGGGACCCUCCAUCCCGACCCGCCUCCUGCAGACGUUUCCACCCGCCGAGGGUCCCUGCGGCCGCUCCCCGGCGGGGUGAGCUGGGGGUCCUUCGCCACUUCCACGCGUGGCUCCGCCUGGGGAGGCGAGCGAGUGGGCGCUUGGCCGGCGUCAGAGCUCUCUUGGGGCCGUGGCGGUUGGGUCGGGGUCGGGGUCGGGGAGCGCAGCCUCCCGGCCUGGUCCCUGCGCGCGCCACCGGCCAGCCAGGGUCGGGGAGUUGCGAGGUGUCGCCCCCGGGGCGCCCGCCAAGAACCAGAGAACCUCUCUGAGAGAUGCGGGUCUUUUAGACAUGGGAACCCUUUCGACGCAGUCAUUCGGAAUGGGGUUGUUUUUAUGACAAUCUUUGCCUUCGCGGUGACCGUUUGGAAGUUACUGACAACAGCCUUCUCCGAACAUCAGUUAUGUGGCAAGGUUUACGGUUGUACCCCACCUGCUGCACUAGACGCACCAGCCCCUAGCAUCUACUUUCAAGUGUAUUUUAUUCUACAUGUAGCCUGUUGGUCAACGACCUGUCACCAAUAUUGUGAUGAGAGCUACUGUACACAUUUGGUGCGGGAAUUAGAGAAACACAGUGAGAUGGAAGAUUUUCAAGGUAUAAUUGAAGAGUCCUUUCCAAGUUUUUUAACCAAUUCAUUUCUUGGCAACAGUGGGACUUUGGGAAAUGUCACUCUUACUUCAAAUCUUGGCUUACCAGUUGCAGUUUCAACUCUUGCUAAAGAUAAGUCCAGCACUGAGAAAAGAUAUGCUGAUGUCCAGGCAUCUUUUUUAGCAGAAGAGAGAUUUUCACUUCCAUCUGCAUCUUCUCCCAGUAGCCAGAGUGAAACUGAACCAAAGGAGAGGCUACAGCUCAACUUCCAAGAUGAUGAAAAGAAGAGCCCUCCAGAGGGUCAACAUCUGUCGGAUUCUCUUCUUACUGAGUCAGUGUUUCAAAGGGAUGGAGCUAGAAAAGAAAAGAAGGAAGCCAAAACUGAAAAUCUCUCUCAGAACCAAGAUGAUAGAAUUUCACCACGGGAACAAGAGCAAGACUCACCAAUUAUUUUUUGUUUACCUUCUUGCAUGAAUAAUACAGAAAACAAGAUUACUGUUGCUGAUACUGGAAAACAUCUUGAAGAUAAGAUUCUAAACAGUGACUUUUGCCAUGCUAGUUUAUUAGAAAAUGAGAAACUUGUAUCACUGGCCAGUAUGGAAGAUUCUUCUGAUGACGAUAUUGAUGAUGAAGAGUUUUAUGAUGAUCAUUUGCAGGCUUAUUUUGAACAACUAGCAAUUCCAGGAAUGAUUUAUGAAGACCUAGAAGGACAGGGAUCUUCAGAAAAAGAUUUUAAGUUACCUACCAGUGGUUCCAGUCAUGUAAAUGAAGAUGUUAACUUAAGCACUAAAUCUUUAUCAGAAAAUAGCAACUCUCUGCCUUCCCAUGGUUCACACUCUUCAGGAAGUUCUAAAAUACCCCAUAAAACAUUUGAGAAACGUCAAGUAGUUUGUGUACCUGGAACUGAUAUGUUGCCAUUGUCCUCUGAUUCUUGGAGAACUAAAGAGAAAAACAGUGUAGAAAAUUUGAAGGAUUCAGUUUCAGAUCAUUGCAGUGAGGCAGGACUUCCUCAUGAAAAGAGUUUGGCAUCAAAUUCAGAAAUGACUUUGCCAGUGGGUAGUUGUUUAGACAUCGAGACAUCUACAGCAUCCAUUCAAAAAACUGUGGACUUGAAACCCGUUAGUGAUAAUGGAAUGAAUUUCCCCAAUACCCUGUGGCCACCAACUAGUGAAAGGCGAAUAUUUGAUUCUUAUGAGUCCAUUGAGAAGAGUAAAGACCAAAUGGAUCUAAAAGACCAGAGCGUGGUCUAUCAAAACGAAGAGGGUAGAUGGGUCACUGAUCUUGCCUAUUUCACAUCUUUUAAUAAUGAACAAGAUUUAAGUACUCUGACUAAUGAGAGGAAUGAAGAUUUUCGAUCUGGUGCUGAAGCUUUGGAUUUGAUUGCUCAAGAUGAGGAGGAAUUCAACAAAGAGCGGCAAUUUAUGCAGGAAGAAAAUAUAGAUACCCAGAACUCAUCAGCUGUACUAGGAGAUAUGUCCUGGGAAACUCCAGUCAAUUACAAUCUGUUGAAGAAAUCACUUAGCACAUCAGAUAUGGACAAUCAGGAUGCCAGUUAUUUACGUCUAUCUUUAGGAGAGUUCUUUGCUCAAAGAUCUGAAGCUCUUGGUUGUCUUGGUGGUGGAUACAAUGUGAAGAGACCAUCAUUUGGUUAUUUCAUUACAUCACCAGAAAAGACAGAACCUGUGGCUUUAAUUAGAAAAUCAAAUCUAUAUCAAAGUGAUUUGGAACAAGAAAUGAGUCAACUUUGCCAGGAGCAAUUUUCAGGAGAUGCAGGUGGACAAUCCAGGUCACAGCUAAGUGAAGGAUCAGUUACACUGAAGGCUGAAGAAUUGGAGGCUGUUUCUCAAGUGGAUGAAAAGAAUGUGACAAUAACUAUUCAGAAAGGCAGAACAGAGGAAACUUUCUUCACAAAUAACAAACCCCAAACACAUAAAGGCAGGCUGGAUGACUCUGUAGAUGAUUCUGUACUUAGGCUAAGUACCAUUGCCUCGGCCAUUGCAAAUGCAUCAGUGAGUACUGAGCCUUUCCAGUUUGCUGCUAUGAUUAAGGCACUUUCAAAUAAGCCCAGAGAGAAAUUUCAAGACGAUAAACAAAAGGAUUGUUCCACCAUAUCUUCUUUUUUACCUAAUGAUUUAGAAAAAAGCAAUGGAUCCAAUGUAUUUGAUAUGGAGAAAUAUCUUAAAAAAACAGAAGUGAGUGGACAUGAAGGUGGACUGGAAAACUUUUCAAAAGCUGGUGUUUCCAGAAUUUGGGACUUAUCUUUGCCUAAAGAGGAGACAAUACAGGAGAUCUCUACAGUGCACCUAGGUGCUGCUGAUGUAAGUGCAAGGCAGCCAGAAGAUGCUGUAGCGACUUUACUUGAUGCAAGUGAACAAAGGGAGAACCAGGAGUCUCUAAAAACAAUAGAUCCUUUCAGUCAGGUAAAUACAAGGGAGAAUGAGAGCACAAAAGUGGAUGGGAAGAGGUAUUCCAUGGACAACAGAUCACCAUCUACUGGCACUGGUGAAAAAGCUAAUGCCUCACUGUCUGCCCCAACAUCUAAUAGUCAUUCACUAGAAAGAAGCACCAGAAUAGCUACCCUUUGGCUAUGUGAAGAAUUACAGAAUGAUAAUGGAGAAAAGCAGCAGCAAAAUGAGUAUGUUAAUGAAAUAAGCAGCAGUGAGAAGCAUGUGGCUUCUGAAAAACAGUCCAUACUCUCACAUGAAAUUGUUGAUUUGAAGAAAGCCUCUCCUGAGCAAGGUGCUCAUGUCACAGAGGAUGGACCAGGCAGCUUCAGACCUUCCACUUUACCACUGAGUCAUUCUUCUCCAAGUGAAGUUUCUGGAACAGGUUUACCGGGGGCACAGCAGGACUCAGAGCCCUUCAAUCCUGUGGCGGGGCAGUGCAGUGCUGGGGGCCAAACUCGGGGCCUUGUGUAUAACAGAUGUGCCUUAGAGUCUUCCAAUCCAGCUGCUUCUGCCUGUGAGAGUGAAGUGUGUUCCUCAGUAUGCUUGACUUACGUGUCCGAGCGGGAGAGUUCGUGUUCUGCUAUGGCCUCGUACCUGGGCUUUGAGGACCAGAAGGUGGACAAUGCUUUGACUCAGAAUAAUGCUACCAGUGAGUUGAGCACCACAAUUAUUGAAGCCAGUUCAAUUCCAUUAGAGGAACGGGUUGUAGAAAAGUUCAGAGAUGAAGUCUCAUGUCAAAGUGGAGGAAAAGGAGCCUCGGCACUCCCUCUCCAGAACAACUCAGAUUUGGACAAAGUGGCUGCAACUUCUCUGAGGAGCAGACCUGAGGCUCGAACCUCUGCCUUGCGAUUGAGGGAAGGUCACGCCUUAAAAAGUGGAACACUCUCAGAGAUGGUUGCAGUGGGUGUGAUCUCUGACCCCGGAAAAGUGCUGCAGGUCAGCCAGGCAAUCCCUAGUGGCACCAACCAGGGCCACCUGAUGAAGUCAGCAACAGUAUUUCCUACUCCAUCAUUGGUGAAAGAAGAUCAGAAAAUAGUUUGUGAAGACCUAGCAGCUGCUGACAGUUCCCUGAGUGGCCAGAUUCUUCAUGCAACAGCCCGUCGGAGCUCCUGUAGCCCUCUGCUCAGCACUGUGGCGCAAGACGCUGUGACUUUGAGGCAGGGUGUGCACCCUAAGGUCCCUGAGCUCUUGGCUCAGCAAUCCGUCCCUGUGCUUCCUUUUGCCCAGCAAUAUUUGAGCACAGUUCCUUCUUCUGGAAAUGCCGCUCAACCCCGGAGCCAUGCUGGCAGCAGUACUGUCUGUGGAUUACUGGGAAGCCAUCCCUACCCUCCUGUUGCAGGGGAGCAGAUGCACAGCUCUGUGGCCCUGGGGAUUUAUCUUGGACAAAAUAUUGGCUCUGGACUGACAGGGUCCUCUUCUCUUUAUGACCUGUAUUCUAACACCUUAGAUCAGAAUCUUCUAAAUACAGCAAACCGUUUGCCUGUGCAAUCUGUUGGUGCAAAUUAUGAGGUUGAACGCUGGGAUUCAGAAGUGAUGUCAGAAUUUGGAAAAGUUAGAGUGCCCGAGGAAUUGAAAUUUCCUAAUGCUUGCUGUGUUGGCAUUGCUUCACAAACUUUACUCAGUUUACUAAACCCCACUGACCACUGGCUGCAAGUCAGCAUUGGAGUUCUCAGUGUUAGUAUUAAUAAUGAAAAGGUGGAUCUUUCCACAUAUCCUUGUUUAGUUUUCAAGAAUAAAGCCAUCAUACGACCUCAUGCCACUGAAGAAAUAAAAAUACUUUUUAUACCAUCUAAAGCUGGAAUUUUCCGAUGUAUAUUUAGUGUUGCCUCUUGGCGGUUUUCAGCAGAUCCUGACACAAUAAUGCAAGCAGAAGCCUUGGCAAGCAGAGUCGUUCUCUCAGCUAUUGCAGAGACCCCUGUAAUUGAGGUAGAAACAGAAAAGAAAGAUGGUCUGGAUUUUGGUGACAUAAUUUAUAGUGCCUGGAAAGCUCUUCCAUUAAAACUGAUAAAUAAGACACAUGCCUCUGUGCCGAUUAGACUUAUUAUUAAUGCAAAUGCCUUAGCCUGGCGCUGCUUCACAUUGUCCAAGGAUCCCAUCCUUGCUUCUCUGAAAGAUGCUCCUUAUGCGGAUGUCCUUGCCCAGCUGGCAACCCCUUCAGUGAUCAAUCUCAUGAUGCCUGCUAGCUCUGAGGGGCAGGAUCCAGAAUUUCUGACAGUAUGGGUUCUUUUUCACAGUCCAAAGAAACAGAUCAAUUCUUCAGAAGUUCUAGACUCAGCAGAAGAGUUCUUGGCAAGUGUUGAUAUAGAAGUUGAUAGCCCAAACCCAACACCAGUUAUUAAAAGUGUUAGACUUCGAGCAAGAACAGGAAUAGCUAGGAUACAUGCUCCGAAAGACUUACAGACUAUGCAUUUGUUUGCCGUUGUGGCUUCCUCAACAAAGCAGCACCUACCUUUGAAAAAUGCUGGGAACAUUGAUGUUUACUUAGAUAUCAAGAUCUCAGAUCAAGAAAGUGAUUUUUCAGUGGAUCCAGAGAAGCUAUUCCUGAAACCUGGAGAAGAAUAUGAUGUUACAGUUUCAUUUGCUCCUAAGGACUUCAAACCCUGUGAGGAAAGGGUCUUGAAGAUAUUUGUGCAGCCCUUUGGACCUCAGUAUGAAGUAGCUUUAAAAGGUGAAGUGAUGUCCUUGGGAACUAAGCCUGCGAUACCAGAGUCUUGCGAUUCAGAUGUUCCAUCCAUUUUAUCCAACAAGCAAUUUCUGGCUUGGGGAGGUGUCCCUCUUGGUAGAACACAGCUUCAGAAAAUGACUUUAAGAAAUAAUUCUGCCUCUACAACCCAGAACUUACGUUUUGUGAUUAGAGGACAAGAUCAAGAUUGCUUCCAGCUUCAUCACACUUUUGGUUCUGAAGAGCGGUUGACCAGUAAUUGUGAGAUCAAAAUUCGCCCGAAGGAGGAUAUUAAUAUUUCUGUGUUAUUUGCACCCACUCGACUAUCCUGUAUGUUGGCUAAACUGGAAAUAAAAAAACUUGGGAUUCAGUCACAACCAGGCAUUAAGUUUACAAUACCUUUGUCUGGCUACGGAGGAACAAGUAAUCUUAUUUUGGAAGAUGUUAAAAAAUUAUCAGACAGCUACAUGAUAACAGUGAAAGAUCUAAUACCUGGCAAAGAAAGUAGGGUUGUUUUUUCUGUUCGUAACACUGGUUCUCGGGCAGCUUUUGUUAAAGCAGUAGGUUUUAAGGAUUCUCAGAAAAGAGUUUUGCUGGAUCCCAAAGUGUUAGGUAUUUUUCCAGAUAAAUUUAUACUCAAGGAAAGAACACAAAAAGAUGUCACUAUAAUAUAUAAUCCUUCAGACAGAGAAUGUAAUUAUAAAACCACAACAGCAAUGUCAACAAUAUACUUCUUUAGUGGAGAUGAAAUUUUAAGGCAGCGAUUUAGAAGAGCACUGUUACACAAACCAGGGAUUCUAGAACAGAUACUUCCAGAAAACAACAUGCUGCUGAACAUUGAUUUUGCUGAAACAUUUGAAGAUGAGUUGCUAGUAACUGAAGUAUAUGAUCUUCCCCAAAGGCCUAAUGACAUCCAACUCUUUUAUGGAAACAUGCAUAAAGUGGUACUUUCAGUAAUUGGAGAAUUCAAAGAUUCCAUUUCUAGCAGAGAAUUUCUCAGGUUUUCCUCCAGAGUUAGUUUAGAAUCUCAAAGUUCUGAGAAACAUGCUGGCAAUGUUUCCUUGGAUGUUUUACCAGUUAAAGGUCCUCAAGGUUUCCCACUCUCUCAAGUUGUUCAGCCUCCUCAGGAUAAGUCUGACUCUGACGAAACAUGGACUGUCCAACCUGAACACCUGAUUUUGGUGGCCUCUUCUUCGUGUGAUCUGGCAAGAACUGGAUAUUUCCAGAUCUUAAAUCAUUCUGGUCGGUUACUGAGAUUUGAGCUGUAUUGGCCGGCACAUUGCCUCAUAGUAACUCCGCAGCAUGGAUUUAUCUCUCCAGAGAGUGCACUACAAAUUCUUGUGAGUCCUAAUUCCUCCGUAUCCACAAACCAGUCAAUGGUUCCAUGGAAUGGUUUGAUCUAUAUACACUGUGACAAUGGACAGAAGAAGAUUGUGAAAGUUCAGAUUCGAGAAGACUUGACCCAAGAAGAACUUGUCACUUGUUUGUCCUCUCCCCCAUUUGGAAUCGUGACCUCAGGAGCUGUUAAUCACCUGACAAAAUUACUGCCAAAACCACCUUCUACAAAAGUUGAAAUACGAAAUAAGAAUGUUACCUUUCCUACCACAGACCCUGGUGACAUUUCAGAAAGUUGUCUGGAACUUGAGAAUUGUGGUAACACAGAAGUGAAGUGGCAUCUGUCGUCUUUAGCUCCACCUUAUGUCAAGGGAAUAGAUGAGAGUGGAGAUGUUUUUAGAGCUACCUAUGCUGCAUUCAUAUGCUCUCCAAUUUCUGGAGUACUAGAAAGCCAUGGUAUCCAAAAGGUCUCCAUCACAUUUUUGCCCAGAAACCAAGGGGAUUAUUCCCAGUUUUGGGAUGUUGAAUGUCAUCCCCUUAAAGAAUCUCACAUGAAACACACCUUGAGAUUUCAGCUUUCUGGACAUGUGAAAAAAUCUGUGUCAAAGCCUGCAAAAUCAUCCAUCUUCAGCAGUAGUCUCAUUAAAAUAGAUAAUUUAGUUUAAACUCUCGAAGACGAGCUGUAUCAGAAACUGUCCGCUGUUAUACCUGGCAGCCAACUUGACUUGACUCACCGUGGAGUUUACGCACCAAAAGAUGUGUAUUGGUUUUUGCCAACUCAAGUUGGGGAAUCAAAGACAUUAAAAGUAAAUUUGCGAAAUAAUUCCUUUAUUACACACGUGCUGAAGUUUUUAAGCCCCAGAGAACCAUUUUAUGUCAAGCAUACAAAAUAUUCUUUGAGAGCCCAGCAUUACAUCAACAUGCCUGUACAGUUCAAACCAAAGGUGGUGGGCAAAUUUGAAGCUUUGCUUGUUAUUCAAACAGAUGAGAGCAAGAGUAUCUCUAUUCGACUCGUUGGCGAAGCUCUUGGAAAAAAUUAA